CUGAUCAUCUGUCCUGACGCCGCCCAUUGCACCUCACCACCGCUCGUUCCGAGAUCCAAUCCGUCAUGUCCAAUUCCACCUCUUCAGCCGUCCAUCCGACGACCGACGCCGCAUCAGCAUCAACAUCGACAUCGACAUCAAUACCAACCACAACAUCAACCCACCCGACCCCGACGUUGAAGCGAUACGAUGCCAUCUUUCAAAACGAGCUCCAGCUCCAAGCGGCUCAGUAUCCUACUUUCGAGGAAGUACCCGGUUGUAUGACUCUAUUUGACGAAUUCCUGAGCUGUUACGCCCUCGGCCCUCAACUCCGCAACGUCUACCGGCACGGCGCCCCCAAAGUCUGUACCACCAAGUUCGAAGACUUCAAAUACUGCAUGUCCCUAAAAAGCGUGGACGAGGAAGAACGGCGCAAGAUGUGGAUCAGGCGGAGGGCGGGGUGGUGGGCUGCAAGGAGGGUUGGGGGGAGCAGUGAGGAUGUUUGGGAUGUGAGGAGCGCACCGCCAGCGAAUUUCCCACCGAACUUCGGGGAGAAGGAGGCUUCUACAUCAUCUACACCGACUUCGAUGACGACCGCUACGACGACUACCUGAGCUGGACGAAUGCGAUGAACAGAGUCUCAAGAUGACGGCCGAGCGUUGCCAUAGAACUUGUCGCAUUUAGAUGCACCCUCACAUACAUACUCGAGCGAAAUCGCUACGAGCAAGAAACUCCAAGACGAAUCAGUCGCUUCAAAAUGAGCUUGACCGGCUCAUUUCCUCGCACCCGCAGUGCUUGUAGUCAUAUACCUUGUAUAUCCACCUGUGGCCUGUAGCUUGCUUUUGUGAAACGUCAAAUUGCGUGUUCCGGUAAUACUUGUGAUAAAUUCCAAGGUGAUCACGAUUGCGAGUCAUUGGAACUCGUCUGAUUAUCGAAAUGUCGAAAGGAGAUCGGAAUCUCGAUGGAGG